CACAUCUCGGAAAAUACACUUUCUUCCUUGUAACGACGGUCAGAGCCUCGAGUCGAGGUGGAGAGUUUCGGUCGGCUGCUCCGGGACUGCUCAGGUGGACACGAUGGGUAAGAUCGAAUGGGCGAUGUGGGCCAAUGAGCAGGCUCUGGCUUCAGGACUCAUUCUCCUCACUGGGGGCAUAGUGGGGGUGGCUGGACAGUUCAGGGGCUGGCAGUUUGCUGCUUAUGCAGUUGCUGCCGGAGUGUUAGUGUGUCUUCUUGAGUAUCCCAGAAGCAAGAGGUCCAAGGGCACGAGUGUGGAGAGAACGGGCCAAUACUGCUUCACUGUGUGUGUAAAAGCCUUUGGGCCGUUAACAAGGAACUACUAUGUCAGAGCAUUUUUGCAUGCAGCACUCUGUGUACCUGGAGGUUUCAUGCUUGCCACUGUCCUUGGGUGUGUCUGCCUCGGUAUUGCCAGCCUCAUCUACCUUGCGGCAGCAAUCCGUGGUGAGCACUGGGAGCCCAUUCUUCCACGGAAGGAAGUCCGAAAGCCAUUAGAAACCAAUCCUCCACAGAAUCCACCUCCAAGACCUCCUCCAGAGAUGCGCAGGAAACGUGUAGACGACCUGGAUGGAGCAGCCUAUGACAACCCCAUAUCUGUUAUUGCCAAUGAGUAACCAGUCCAGUGCCCCCUCCUCUUUAUAUCUUCCAAUGUCUUCCUGAGAUCGUCACACAAUGAAUCCCUUCAAAACCAGUCACAGUGGGACCUCAGCAGGUCCUGUGAUGAAAAUGAAAAUUAAUGACGGUUUAGUGAAGCUAGUGACUGGACAACAUGCCUUUAUACCCCAACCUGCAGAUGAAUAUGUUUCUCAUCAAGAACUGAGGAUGACACUCCCGUACAAAGUUGGAUGGGUAAAGUGAAUAUAAUUCUUUACUGAUUGAAAAUUACAUGUACCAGAGCAGAUACAUAUAAAUGCUAUAGCUGCUAAGUAUCAACCACAUAUAAAUAUUGCCAAGUCAAAUGACUGAGAUGAUUUUUUACUGCUGUAAUAGGAGUUGUUUCCUGCUUUGUUUCAGCCCCUGUAUUUUUUUGUUUUGUUUUGCAAAGAUCUCAGAUUAUAUUGUACAUUGUUUACAGUAUUUUUACACUGUGUUAUUAUCCCUUUUGUAUUUUUUUCAAGUCAACUAAACGAAACAAUGUAGGGGUACGCUGGAGUUUGCUUGGAUAAUUUGAUAAUUUUUUGGGCAGGAUCAGGCUGACAUUAACCACAAAUGAUUUUUUUUCUGUACUUUUGAUUUCUUUCAAAUAUAUCCACUGAGCCCACUACGAUAGCUGUUUACAAGUUUCCUUUGGAGAAUUAUUUUAGGUGUUUACUUUUGCAACUUCCCCAUUUCGCAAACACAAGGGAUUUCAAUAAACCAGAAUUUCCCUUUCUCAUUUCAAGUGGUUCUUUCCCACAUUGUUUGUCACAUUACCAUUUAUUGUUGGCUCAUGAUGGAAAAAAUGAAAAGAUGAAUACAUCUGGCUGAACUUUUAGUUGUCAGAUGUGUGUUGGUUUCAUAUCUUGUCUCAUGUGUCAGCUCAAGGUCUUUUGUUGGUCAUAGCUGACCUGUGAAGCAGCUGUGAGGAAAUCACAGAGGUAAGAUGUUACUUCCUCAUUUUAGUUUGUCGGGCUGUAACACAUGAGACACACCACCAAUGUACCAAUGUAGUGAUACACCAAUGUACAUCACCUAUUAUUAUUAAAACUUACAAAACA